AGUAGUUUGCAUAAAAAUAAUCGUUUUUCGAAUUGGAAGCAUCGAAGAAAAUUGAAUUCGCCUCGUAUUGCCCGGAUAUUUCGACGAACUCCGAAGAUAAGUUAUCUAUCGGUGGUGCACGUCGAUCCUCCCAUUUUUAUUCGUCACUCGAAGAGAUUCGCCUCCCGCGAAAGAUCAAACGCUAAAGAUACCCACGUUCUGUCGCCAUCUUGUGGAUUUAUAACCGUAUCAGAGUAUUGAUUUUCUUAGUUGUGCGAGGACAAAAAUUACGGUGACGUCGCUCGUUCUUUCCGAGAAACGAGGGUUUUAAUUUAUGAUGAGACGCGAUCACGCUGCAGUACUGAUUCUUAAACGCUUACCAAUUUAUUAUCGUAACGAUCUAUCUUAAAUUGCAUCGACUCGACAAACAACAAAAUCCUUGAUAAGAUAUUUGGGACUUUCAGUCGAUCUUUGAUAACAGGUUGUUGCUCUAACUGCUGUCUCAACAAUUUUAUUCAUACAUUCCAAUUACCGUCCAGAAACGAAAGAACUCCCACGAUUCGCGCGGCAAUGUAACGCGUUAAUUAAUAGCGCAGAGUCAGUAAAGUUGCCUGAAGAUGUACGCUAAUUUGAAUAUCAAAGCGGAAAGAAACUGACGUCAAAACGGAAACAGAUUGUGAAAGAACGUAAACAAAAGCGAGCGUUCAUCCCGGACUUCGAUCUGAAGAAAACAUGCACGUCCGGUUGACUCACGCUAGAUAAAAUGAAUGUACUAAGCGUCAGAAAUUAUAGGAAGAGAUUAACGCAUUUAGGAUCACCCUUCAACUUGAAUAUCACACAUAAAAAAUAUAGAAAUUUUUCCGAUUACAAAUUUGCAAAUAUUCCCAGAUUUUCAGAACUUAAUCCAACUGAUCACCCGAAUACCUGUCCCAGGCAAAAAUGCAAUAUGCAUACGCGAACGAUGACGUAGUCUAAUUAUUGGAAGACUCGCAGUGUGCUUGGAUCGGAUCGUGACGUAAUAGCGUUUGAAGCACACGUUACCACGCACUCCACUAAUUACGAGCACCUAGUGCAAUCGAUCCCUCGACGCAAAAUCCGGCCAACCUACGCCCUUACUCGAGCUUUAGCCUCCGGGCGACCGAGUUUUGCAGAAGCGUGCAUCAACGACACGCAGCUCGUUUCCGCAUGGCCGAUACACGGCUGCUUCACCGCCUCGAGCACCCUUCGCCCAAGGACGAAUCCACCUGGUUAAGGGUGCGAACGGCCGAAGGGCGAAGAAACGAGAUAAAUUAGGUCUUGGCAAAGAGAUAGCAAGAGACCAUCUUCACAGAAUGGGAACUCAUAUCGUGGUUGGUGGUGUUAUAUCGCCUGUACACGACGCUUAUGCUAAAAAAGAACUUGCAAGCGCUACACACAGGUGUGCCAUGUUGAGGCUAGCCUUGCAGAACAGUGAUUGGAUUAAACUUAGCUCAUGGGAAACUAGACAGAAUGGUUGGACAAAGACUAGGAUAAGUUUACAGCAUCAUCAGAAUUUGUUGAACUCUGUUCUAUUUGAUUCAAACAAUAUUAAACAUAAUGUGUCGAGCGAAGAUUUGGAAUGGAUACCAGAGAAUGUGAAGAACUGUUCUGACCACACUCCCAUUCAGAUUAAAUUAUUGUGCGGCGCUGAUUUGUUAGAGAGCUUUGGAACUUAUGAUCUCUGGGCAGAAGAGGAUAUUGACGCAAUCGUUGGAGAACAUGGUCUUGUGGUCAUCACUAGGGAAGGAUCUAAUCCCAAUAAAUUUAUAUACGAUUCGGACAUUCUUUCCAAACAUAUGCACAAUAUAUACAUAGUGACCGAGUGGAUUCCAAACGAAGUUAGCUCAACUAGAAUAAGAAGGGCACUGAAGAGAGGCGAGAGUGUCAGAUAUCUCCUACAAGAUUCUGUGAUCGACUAUGUCUACAAACACGGGAUUUACGAUGCAAAGACAUCGUCGACAAUUAAGUUGGAACUGACCUCGCCAAACGCGAAUAAUUACUUGACCAUUGAUUCGAAGUACCAAAGCACCUUUCUCACGCCGUCGCCUAGCGAUGUAACCAUGGAAUCCCCGAGUCCGAUCGAAAUAAUAUCCAUCGACGUGCCUGACACGGUUCUCCGUAAGAAUAUCCAGAACGCAACGAGCGUGGCUUGCGUCGCCUCGCGUCACGGCGGCCUCGAGGAGGCUCGCGAGAAAUUCAUUAACGCCCUCGUGGCGGAGAACGGUAACGCCAAACACAUAACGACCGCGAAGGCCGCGUAUCCAGGUCUCGCGAAACAGAUCAUCGCCACCGAAACCGGCGAGUCGCAGAUCCUCGACGAGGUAGGCUUCGUUGACGAUGAUAGAAAGAUCAGGAAGGUCGUCAGGGUGCAGCCCCGAUCCAGUCAGCUGGAGGAGAUAUGUCCUAGCCGUGUCGCCACCUCGUCGAAACACGAGGCUAACGCGAAAUGCUCCGAAACUAAAGAUAACGUUAAGUCUAGCGAGGGUGUAGUUCGAACGUUGCCCGAGAACGACCUCGAUGAGGCAGGAUUAAAGAAAGAACGCGAUAGCAAAUCUCCGGUAUCGUCUUCGGUUGUUUCCACGACGUGUGCGGUCGAUAACAGUGGACGACACGAGUGCGCCUUGUCGGACUUCAGCGUGGACAAGGAGGAUUACAGACUCACGCGAUACGGUCUGGACGAUGCAGCCGAAGACGACAACCGGGAAGAUUCUCCGUUAGAAAAAGAACGUUCGAACGACGACACCUCUAAGGACGAGCAGGUUGAUCGAAAGGAUUUAGAUCAGGAUAUCUUUUCUAGCGAUGCCGUGCGAUGUCCCAAUACACAGGUGUUAGUGUUAGUUAGCGCCAUGAUCCACAAUCCGUUCGAGAAGGAGGGAGCGUUGAUCAUGGAGGAGAACGAGGUGCAGGGUAAGAGCGAGAUCACGAUAUACAAGGGUGAAUCCGACGGUAGUAUCGAUAAGCUGAGCGUGCUGGUACAGUCGCCUGUGCCGUCGUCCCUUAGCGACGAGAGUACGGUCAAGAUACAAGAAAUAAUCGAGGACGUGUCCGACAACGCUAAAGAAAGCUCCAAUGAUUCAUUGAUGAUCUCGUCGAAACGGGACGCGAUCGAGAUCGACGGUAAGUAUGUCAAGUCCGUGGUGAACGCUCGGAAGAGUCCCAGGAGGACGAAGAACGGUCAGAUGAGGUUGUACGAGAGCGAGACGAAACUCGACGAUGCGAAGAAAACGGAGAAAAAGGAGAAGAAAAGCACAGACUCCUGCACGCAAUCCGACGAGACGUUCUAUAAGACGGUAUCCAAGUCGUCGAGGAGCCCCAGGAGAUCCCGAUCGAAGGUGGCCAGCGAAGCGUACGAAUCCACGACGACCAGCGACGAGAAAUCGAAAAAGGCCAGACGAUACGACUCGUCGCUGAAAGGCAGCCUAGACUCGGUAAUCGCGUCCAACGAUUCGAGAACGGUGUCCAGAAGAAGAUCGAGAACGGACGAGAUGUUCUCGAAGAAGUCGAAGAGCUACGAGUCCAUCAAAAGGAUGCAGGAGGUGCGCUACGAAGACCCCUCCAAAGCGGACAGCACAUCGCAGCUGAUUACGACUAACGAGCUGGACAUGGAGGUCGACGAGUUCUGUUCCCUUUGUUGCGACAUUAACGAAAUGUCCUUGAGAACGGAAGAGGGAAUCUCGAGUCCCAGUUACGACAACUUUUACACCCUGGAGGACGGAUGCUUCAUCUGCAGGUCCUGGACCGUGAGGGAUCACGCGGAUAGGUUGUGCGAGAUAUGCUUAAAUCAAGACGGCUGGCUGUGGGAGUCUUCUUGCAGGAGUCUGCCCAAGAACAGAUCCAAAGUCGCGGAUACGACCGUGACGGAUCCGUCGUUGGACGAGGACAGCUUCGAGAUCGAAAACUGUGGCUUCCAGAAUGGUCCUGGGUCCACGAGCGACCGGAAACAGGAAACCGACAUCGUAUCAGAGUCCUUCGACUUCUCGGAUUCGUUCCUCUCGAACAAGAGGUCCAGAGACAAGUACUUUAUCCCGAAGGACGAACUGGCCAUCUUGUCCAGCGGCUCCAGACGCGUAAAUCGCAAAGGAUCUUUGUUGAGGAAAAAGCCAACCGAGGAUCCGACGAAUGUUUCUCAGGAUAAACGACGCUACUCGUCCGUCGACAAUCUUCAGUUAGCGAAAACGUCUUCCAGAAGCAACGACAAGGUUCUCGGGUCCAAGAACAACAAACUGAUCGGGUCUGCGGACAACAUACGUGCCUCGAAGAGCUCCAGACGGUGCAAGUCCUUGCAGAGAUCCGCGGACAACGUGCGAUACGUUGACUCGUCGACGGACAACCUGGACUCCCUCGUGGACAGUCUGGACAGGGAGGACGAUUUUGAGGAUCAGAAGGAAAAAAUGAAGGCCAGAGACAACGAAACGGUAAAGAUGAUCCUGACUAAACACGGCAUCAAGAUAAUCAGCGAGAAGGAGACGGCUCUGUAAUGGAAGAUUUAAAAAACCCGCUCAUUCAUGAAACAAUUAUAAAAUAUUAUAUACAUAUAUUAUUCUGUACGUGACACGAUUUAGGGUUAGGUCACCUGCAAACCUUAGAGUGCAGACUUAUCGACUAUCUUGUGAUAAUUCUGAUCGCUAACCUGUCGUCUUCGAAGGACGAGAGAUUUUUCACGUUAUACGAUAGUUCUAGUCAACUAAAUGUUGGGGAUGUGCGGCUAUUCGACAUUUCCGGUUCGGAGUCGCACGAAGUCGCUCGGGUUCGGACGAAUUUGAUAUCCGAAGGCCUUAGAAAAUUUCUCGAUUAACAAAGAGAUUCUAAACUUUGAUUCGACCGUCCCGCUCGAUUUUUUCCGACUUCGCCCGAACGUAUACCCGCAUAUCCUCAAGAUCCAUAUACAUAUUUAUAACUCGGGGAAACAGGUUAUUUCCCCGGGGCGAAAUCAACGCCAAGAUUAAUCCUAUUCACAGAUUCUAUUUAAUUACGAAAAUCGUUCGCGCCAAAUCGAAGUUAAAGGUUCGACUUGAUCGACGCACGUUGAUCGUGGAUAGAAAGAGUUCUAAAAUAUCUGUACACGUGAACGCCUUCGCGAAUUUCUUUCUAGAAGAAACGAACUGAUCCAAAGGAACCUCUGCUGAUUGAGUCGAAAAUAUCGUCGCCGGAGGUGCGUCGAUAAGAAGACAUUCGAGAACGCAUCGGAACCAGCAGAUCAUCGAGACAAUCCUACAAAUUACGUGUCAAUAUUAUACGAAAUCGUUUCGAUUAAUUAUAAAGAGUUAUUGUACGAAGUACGCUAAGUGAUACGAUACGAUGGGCUACGGUACAUCGAUCAGCAUAAAUUGUCAUUUUUUAAUGCCGCUUCGAGGAUUACCCGCUGAUCUCAGUUUUUUAUCUUGCGCGUGUAUCGUCGAUAAGGAUCUCUCUCCAUUGCGUCUGCCAAAACGUUUCAUUGAUACGUGCCAAUUCUUUUUUGAUACCUUUGUAGAUCGUGUUUUUUACUCCUGUACGGCGUAUCGCUGUGUAUGUUCAUGAUCAUAGUAUUAAUUUUUUUACAAUUUAAGCGAAAGUUUGUGGGGAAAAAUGUUCCUUGACUUUGGUACUCGUCGAACCAACGUUACGUUGAAAAAUAAUCUCGUAUUUUAUACCGUAUUCGUUGACGAAAAAUCUUUCGAUUAACUUUCAUAGUUUCUUUGGUACUACAGUUGAAAUAGAAGAACGUGUCCCGAAAGGGGGUUAACGCAUUUGCUCAGACACGAGGUUAUUUUCCAACGUAUAAACGGUUCGAUCAGUCUUUCCUUUUUGUAUCUUUGUAUCCUGUUGCACGGUGUCAUGCGCCUUUCUCUUUCUCUUUGUCAUGAAUUUCGCUUAAGAAAUCCUAAUGGCGAAUCAUUGUUCCCACGGCGAAUCUCCACUGCAUCUGUGAUGAAAUCGUACCUAUAUUUUUUAUUUAGAGAACAUUUGUGUUUCGUUGAGAUGUUGCUCAAGUCCGAUGGAAUUGUGACUCGGUCGCUUAGGUGCAAUGGAAAGAUUAUUGUUUGAAAUUAUGGCUGAGCUUCUUAGGCGUACCUGUGUUUUGAUAGUGCCUAAACUGCCUCGGUAAUCGUGCCUCCACCGUUAACGUCAUUGCAAAUCAUUUUGCGGACGAUUCUUGUUUUUGUUCUGAACACAUCCCCUUAUUCCACUUACGUUUUUCGUUGAUCGGUAGACUGGCACUUUUUGGGAAACCAAUAAAGUAGAUGUUCGUAAUAUUUGUUACUGAGGUACUAAAAAAUAUGUUAUUGUGAAAAGUUUAUAUUUUGUGAAAAUUGUAUAUUUUGUGAAAAUUAAAAUUAAUUUUGUGCUGUUUGAAUUUUUAAUUCUGAUACGAGCGUUUGCCAGUCUAUGGGUUAAGUCUUGCUAAGCAAGUACUACUUGCACCCCCUUUUCUCUAGUAAACCUCUUUGUAUAGUAAGUAGAUAGACGAGGGUGGCGAAAAAUGCUCAAGCUGACGGUAAUUGACUGUUUAACCCUUUGGGGGCGCAAUCACAAAUUCGAGAUAUGUAAAUUCGAAAGAUGUAUUUUUGAAAGAGAUCGUAAUUCAUUUAUUUUUCUUACGAUGAAGCGAAAAUCAAAGUACUACCUGGACAUAUGCCGGCCUUCGACCGCAAAGGGUUAAUUGAGAAAAUCUGUGCGACUGAAGAGAACGGCCUUAGGCCGCCCUUGUUUCUGACCGACUUCCGCUUCUCUUUUUAUUCUAUUCCUGUAUCUUCGUUUUUUUUUGUGUCUGUAUUCUGAAUGAUCUCGCGAGACACGCGAAAUACGUGUUUGGCCAACGCGACUUCUAUCAUGCAAUCGAAUGAAACUUAAAUAUUUGAACAAGAUCCACGUGUUCGAAGAAUCGGAGAAAGAGAUAACUGUCUUCCAUUACGUACUUCCAAUUUUUGUGCCUUUCCGCGAUUAUCUGUUUUCGUUUUGCGAGAAAUUCUAACGAGAGCGAAUAUUAGAGGGAAGGGUGCCAAAUUUUAAUCCUUACAAUUUUUAAAUUUUCUCUAAGAUUUGAGAUCUCUUUCUCGGUUCGAACGGAUGGAGUAAAGAGUAGUUUAGAGGACACGUGGGCCGAUAGAUAGCGUGAUAGAAGUCGAUGCGUGGUUCGGUUCUGAUGGAGCAUGUGAUAUGUGUU